AUGUCGGAAGCUGCAAAUCCUUUUGAGUUCUGCGAUGUGGUUACCACUACAACACACAAGUCUCUCCGGGGACCGAGGGCUGGCAUGAUCUUCUACAGGAAAGGCCCUAAGCCUGCGAAGAAGGGCCAGCCUGAGGGUGCUGUGUAUGACUAUGAGGACAAGAUCAACUUUGCGGUGUUCCCAUCGCUCCAGGGUGGUCCCCACAACCACCAGAUUGCUGCCCUUGCAGUUGCCCUGAAGCAAACUUUGACUCCUGGAUUCAAGGCCUAUGCAAAGCAGGUCAAGGCCAACGCUGUUGCCGUUGGAAAAUAUCUCAUGAGCAAGGGUUACAAGAUGGUAACCGAUGGAACUGACAACCAUCUUGUUCUAUGGGAUCUCCGCCCUCUUGGCUUGACUGGAAACAAGGUCGAAAAGAUGUGUGACCUUUGCAGCAUUACAUUGAACAAGAAUGCUGUCUUCGGUGACAGCAGUGCAUUGUCCCCGGGUGGUGUCCGCAUUGGUGCUCCCGCGAUGACUUCCAGGGGUCUGGUCGAGAAGGACUUCGAGCAGAUCGCCGAGUUCCUCCACCAGGCUGUGACCAUCUGCCUGAACAUCCAGAAGGAGCACGGCAAGCUGCUCAAGGACUUCUCCAAGGGCCUGGUGAACAACAAGGACAUCGAGAACCUCAAGGUUGAGGUCGAGAAGUUUGCCCUCUCCUUCGACAUGCCUGGGUUCUCGCUCGAGAGCAUGAAGUACAAGGAGUAG